AUGGCUAAAAUAAUUGAUAAACUGACGGUAUACUAUGGUUUGGCUAUUAGACGUUACUCUGAUUCCGUGAAAAAUAUGAAGAAUGCUAUCUGCGCAACUUUCUUUCACUACAGUUCAACGGACGAGAAUCCACAGCAUAAAAAAUGCCCGAGCGGAGCUGACUCGUGGUGCGAAUGGCAAAAAGCUGCAGCUGUUAAUGCAUUAGAUUCAUUCAAACACCGGUACAGUACUCUCCCCAAGGAUGUUUUGGAUAUCAUAAAGCCUAUCUAUGAAGAUCUGAGCAAAGAUUCCCUCCUGGAGCGAUGUGUCGAAGGCUUUACGCAGAACAACAAUGAGAGUUUGAACCAACUUAUUUGGAAAAUCUCACCAAAAAGCACUUAG